AAUCAGUUUUUCCAGCUCCUUCAGCCCUUUCCUCAAAGCCCAAGAACAGACCUCCGCCCUCGCCGACCUCCCUAGCCCAGAAAGAGACAGCUGAGACCGAGUACACACGGGUUGGCCAACUAGCGAGUGCCCCCGUCCCGGGCCUCCCAGCCUCGGGAAUCCAGUUCUCGGAGCCCGGGCUCCUGGUUGGCCCCGCCUCCCCUCCUCACCCUGCCCCUCGCGGAAGCGAACCAAUCCCGCGCUCCAGGGGCGGAGCCUCCGAGGGGCGGGGCAGAAGCGGAGGAAAGUAGCAACCCCCCGACCGCGCUCCGGAGCCAGUGCAGCUUCUAGCGACCCAGGGGCCAGCUGCGGGAGGAGCGAGGGAGCGAGCGAUGCGGUCGCCCCGGCCGCUUUCUGAUUGGCUGCUGGUGGCGUCGCGGACCCUCUGAUUGGCAGCUGACUAGCCGGACCCAUGUUGUGCAAAGGUGUGAAACGUAAGCGAGAGGAGGAAGAGGAGGAAGACCUGACCUCACAGGACUGGUGGCUAGAGGAGACCACCCCCAGCCCAAGCCCUGAGGAGGGAGCUGGCCCAGCACCCCUGCCCCCCAGUUCUCUCUUCAGCCUGUCUAUAUUCAAACUCCACCAUGGCCUCCGGAGGGGCGAGCCAGAUCUCCGCCACCUUGUCCUGGUGGUCAACACUCUGAGGAGAAUUCAGUCCUCUAUGGCCCUGGAGCCUUCUGCCCCAGAACCCCCUUCUCCGGCUCCUGCUGACCCCUUCCCGGUGGUCCCUGAUGCCCCUCUAUGCACAUCUGUCUCAGCCCUCCUGGAUGACCUGAGUCACAUUGAGGGCCUCAGUGACACCCAGACAGCCUUUCCCGAAGAUGCUCCCCUUAGUCGGCCCCCUGACCUGGGCCUGGAUCCUGGCCGGCCGGCUCCUCUGGGGUCCCUGGAGCUCCUUCUGGAGGAUGGACUAGAGGGUCUUUUUGAUGACAUUGACACCUCCAUGUAUGACUGUGAACUCUGGCCCAACCUUAAAACAGACUCUGGGGAAACAGAGGACAAGAUACAGGGACCUGGGCUGGACGUGUCUGAACUAGAUUACCUUAUGGAUGUGCUUGUGGGCACACAGACUUUGUAGGGGGACCAGGAAAUGGUUCCCUGCCCCCAAGAGGCCAGAAAUGGAUGAGCUGCUGGGAGCUCCCCUCCAGGUUACCGACUGUGGAGGGAGGGGGGUCAUAAAAUUGUGGGGAGGGAAGCGUGAACGGUUUUUAAGAUGAAAACAAUUAAUAUAUGAAGCAAUGUGUCUGUCCCUUGUCUAUCUCUUCCUCUUCCCCACCUGUGCAUAUUUUAAGUGAAUUAUUGGCCCUUGUUACGUAGCACUUGCUAGGUAGUCUUAGGGCAAGGCUGUUUGCCUCUCUAGGACUCAAUUUCCACAACUUUGAAAUGAAGAGUUUGGAUCCUGUGG